AUGGCUAAUUCAGCCGAACCGUCAUCGUGUUUGAGCUUUACUUCAUCUUCUCAUCUGUCAAAUGGCUCAAUUAGUCACAACAUACCCUCCUCUACUGCCUCUGAGGCGGCGGGGCUUAGUCUUGAAGUGUUAAGUCUAAGCAAGCUUAGUUCUAGUUUGGAGCAACUCUUGGUUGAUUCCACUUGUGAUUAUAGUGAUGCUGAGAUAGUUGUGGAGGGUACCGCGGUUGGUGUUCAUCGAUGUAUUUUGGCUGCUAGGAGUAAGUUUUUUCAUGAGUUAUUUAGGAGUGAAAAGGGGUCUUCUGAUAAAGAAGGAAAACCAAAAUAUGUUAUGACUGAGUUGUUGCCUUUUGGCAAAGUUGGAUAUGAAGCCUUCUUGAUUUUCUUGAGCUAUGUUUAUACCGGGAAGUUGAAGCCUUCUCCAAUGGAGGUGUCAACUUGCGUUGACAACGUAUGUGCCCAUGAUGCAUGUAGACCUGCUAUUAAUUUUGCGGUGGAGUUGAUGUAUGCCUCGUUUAUAUUUCAAGUACCGGAGCUGAUUUCGCUUUUCCAGCGACGUCUUCUUAACUUUGUUGGGAAAGCUCUUGUGGAAGAUGUUAUUCCAAUCCUUGUUGUUGCCUUCCAUUGUCAAUCAAGUCAGCUUGUUGCUCAGUGUGUCGAUAGAGUAGCACGUUCUGAUCUUGACAAUAUCUGCAUUGAGAAAGAACUUCCACACGAAGUUGCAGAGAACAUUAGGAUGAUCCGUCUUAAAUCUCCUCCUCAAGAUGAUGAAAAUAAUGUGGAAGCCGUGGACCCAUUGCAUGAAAAGAGAAUCAGGAGAAUCCACAAGGCACUAGACUCAGAUGAUGUUGAACUUGUUGACCUUCUGUUGUCUGAGUCUGAUAUAACCUUAGAUGAAGCCAAUGCUCUCCAUUAUGCUGCAGCAUACUGUGAUCCCAAGGUUUUAUCUGAGAUUCUCAGCCUUGGUCUGGCUGAUGUCAACCUCCGAAAUUCUCGUGGAUACACAGUUCUUCAUGUUGGUGCAAUGCGCAAGGAGCCGUCAGUGAUAGUGUCGCUUUUGACAAAAGGAGCUUGUGCAUCAGAUUUGACAUUGGAUGGGCGGAGUGCUGUUAGCAUCUGUCGGAGGUUGACAAGACCAAAAGAUUAUCAUGCAAAAACGGAGCAGGGUCAGGAAGCAAAUAAGGAUCGGAUAUGUGUUGAUGUUCUAGAGAGAGAAAUGAGAAGGAAUCCAAUGGCUGGGGAUGUAUCUAUCACUUCCCACACGUUUGCUGAUGAUCUGCACAUGAAACUGCUGUACCUAGAAAACAGAGUGGCAUUUGCACGAUUGUUCUUCCCUACUGAAGCCAAGUUAGCCAUGGACAUUGCACAUACUCAGACAACAUCUGAGUUUGCUGGUCUCUCUGCAUCAAAAGGUUCAAGUGGAAACUUCAGGGAGGUUGACUUAAAUGAGACGCCUAUAAUGCAGAGCAAACGAUUACGUUCUAGGAUGGAAGCCCUUAUGAAAACAGUGGAAAUGGGUCGGCGUUAUUUCCCUCAUUGCUCAGAAGUCUUGGAUAAGUUCAUGGAUGAUGACCUUCCUGAUUUAUUCUAUCUCGAGAGGGGUACCCAAGAUGAGCAGAAAAUCAAGAGAAUGCGCUUCAUGGAACUUAAAGAGGACGUUCACAAGGCAUUUAGCAAGGACAAAGCCGAGCGAUCUGGGUUGUCUUCGUCAUCAUCCUCAUCAUCUAAGAAAGACGGUAUAAAUUCCAAGCUCCGAAAAUUAUGAUGGCUUGUAAAAUCUAUCGUUAAUAGCCCUGCUUACUGCGUGCACAGUUUUGAGAGAAGUCUUUUCAAGAGCCGGCAAGUGUUGGCUCGUUUUCUGUACAAUUUCAUCCAGGGGAAAAUUCUGUAUACAACCCCGGUUGCGAUUUUAAGUCAGCAAAAUCGUCUUAUACUUAAGACAGCUUAUAGGAAAAUGUUAUUCAGUUUCUUGUGAGGAAACUUUGAUAUAGGGGAACUACUACUGAGUUUAUUUACAUAAAUUUUUGCAGAAGUUUGUUCUAUGUAAAAGUUAGAUUAGGGAAAAUAAUCCUAGAACAUAGACAAAAGUGUUUUGUUAACGUCGCUGAAGAUUUGACGCCAUGUUGGGAAAUUAAUCAUAUAUUUGUGCUUGUUGAAUGAAAUCGUGUUCAUGUUGUAUCA